UGAGUACGGUCGACUGAAUGACAAUAAGGCAAUAAAGCCAGGUUAGCGGAGGCGGCUCUGCAGCUGGCUCCCAGCCCACCAUCAUCACCUCCCAGUCUACGGCUCCUGACACUAUCACGCUCCGGGCCUAUGGAAGGUCAGGCUUUACUGUGCUUGUGAAAGACACUCACAGGGUGUUGAGUGAGUUAAGGCUCCUGCCGACAGGUUGGGUAACCCUGUGAUAAGCAAGUGAAUUCUGUGGUGGGUUUGCAUUAUUUAUUUAUUUUGACUCGGGGGGAAUAUUUCCAAUUCUACACACACAGGAGGUUACCUAUUCAGAAAACCUUGAGCGUGGCCUUUGACGAGAGUUUUUCUAGAGGUGGGUGUGUGGGAGAGAUUUGAGGCUUUUCAUUUCUCAGGCAGCAUGUUGUGUGCUUCUCGUCUAUAUCAGGGCUGGCAGUUUGCAGCCAAUAUCCCUCCUUUACCUCCUCAAUGAGCUGCUGAAUUUAAUAAAGCUCGCAGCUGUGAGGAAUGUUGGGGAAUUUUAAGCCGUGAAUGAAUAUUUGAAGAAAAUCAAGGAUUUUUUUCUUUUGCAACGGGAAGAAUAGGUGUGUGUGUGUGUGUGUGUGUGUGUGUGUGUGUGUGUGUGUGUGUGUGUGUGUGUGUGUGUGUGUGUGUGUGUGUGUGUGUGUGUGUGUGUGUGUGUGUGUGUGUGUGUGUGUGUGUGUGUGUGUGUGUGUGUGUGUGUGUGUGUGUGUGUGUGUGUGUGUGUGUGUGUGUGUGUGUGUGUGUGGAUGGAUGGAGUCUUGAGGUUUAGAAUGCCACAGCUGUGUACCCUGCAGCGGGACGCUCUGCAGAAAUGUCAGAUCAGAACACGGUUCGUCGGAUGAGACGGCGGGGCGGAGCACUCCACCUACACUCGGAGCCCCCUGAUGAGAGGGAGAUGAAGGAGCAGCUGGCCACCCUCCAGGACAGCGAGCGAGGACACACCGAGGCCCUGCAGCUGCUCCAGAGACAACUCACCGAGACCAAGUCCUCGGCCAAGAGCCUGCGUGCCACCAUCGGCGAGGCCUUCGAGCGCCUCCACCGCUUCCUGCGCGAGCGGCAGAAGAGCAUGCUGGAGGAGCUGGAGAUGGACACGGCGCGCAAGCUGGACGACAUCGAGCACAAGAUCCAGCGCUACAGCCAGCAGCUGCGCGACGUCAAGGAGGGCGUCCAGAUCCUGCAGGAGCGCCUCCACGAGAGCGGGCGCCACGACUUCCUGGAAGGCGUGGCCACCACGUCUGAGAGGAUCAAGGGGAAGAUCCACGAGACCAACCUGACGUACGAAGACUUCCCCACGUCCAAGUACAUGGGGCCCUUGCAGUACACGAUAUGGAAGUCCUUGUUCCAGGACAUCUCUCCAGUGCCGGCGGCGUUGACCCUGGACCCCAUCACGGCCCACCAGCGGCUCAUCCUGUCGGACGACUGCACCAUCGUGGCCUACGGCAACCUCCACCCGCAGCCACUGCAGGACUCGCCGCGGCGCUUCGACGUGGAGGUGUCGGUGCUGGGCGCCGAGGGCUUCGCCGGCGGCGUGCACUACUGGGAGGUGAUGGUGUCGGAGAAGACCCAGUGGAUGAUGGGCGUGUGCGGCGAGACGGUCAGCCGCAAGGGCAGCAUCCAGAUCCAGCCCAGCCGCGGCUUCUACUGCAUCGUCAUGCACGACGGCAACCAGUACAGCGCCUGCACGGAGCCCUGGACGCGGCUCAACGUCAAGGCCAAGCUGGAGAAGGUGGGCGUGUACCUGGACUGCGGCAAGGGCCUGCUGGUGUUCUACAACGCCGACGACAUGUCGUGGCUGUACACGUACCGGGAGAAGUUCCCCGCCAAGGUGUUCCCCUACUUCAGCCCGGGCCAGAGCCACGCCAACGGCAAGAACGUGCAGCCGCUGCGCAUCAACACUGUGCGCCUUUAAGGGCCACGCACGCACGCACGCACGCAGACGGUCUCGCGCACACACACACACGCACGCACACACAUCAACGCGCACAUGCAUACAUGCCUGCGAGAGCGCCCGUGCUGAUGAUCCGCUCUGCCAAAAGAGUUGGUUGUGUCGCCAAUGGAAUUUUCAGGAAAAUCUGUUAAAAAAAUUAAGAAAUAUGUAGAGGUAAAAGAAGUGAUUUAAAAUAAAUAGUUUAAACAGGGUGUGUAAAGAAGUGUGUUUGGUUUUGGUGUUGGUUUGUUUUUCGCGUAGUGCUGCUUUUAAUGACGUCGUUGUUUCCUGGGACCUUUAGGAAUUUCCCAUGCCUACACUUACGGCUGGGCUGUAAUUACGAAGCAGGGGGCACCACUGAAGGUGGGAGGGGGGGCUAGACCAAUGAAAGGUCUGCUGUCUUUGUUCAAAGCCCAGCUUGAGCAGUCAGUCCCCUGUGUCUUGCUCCUCCAGUCUGGCUCCUGGCUGGAGAGACCCGGGCUGUCUACCUGCCACCUCCAGGCCUAAGGACUCCGGGGUCUUCUCUUCGUCUCUGUGCUGUGCAGUGGGCUUUAGCUGUGUCCGUGGAACGUGUCCAACCGGCAACUUUUUAUCCUCCUCUUCCCAAGGCUUUUUUUUGUAGCCACAGUUCCAGCGAGUCAACGUAUGCUUGACAAAACCUGUCGGCACUUUACUUCUGCCUGCGUAUACCGUAAAUUAUUAUGUUUUACCAAAACAACGAAAAAUGAUGUCACUUGUUCACGGUAUCCCAAGCCUUUUGCUACGACCACCUCGAUGUGCAGUAGUUGUUAGUGACAUGCGUGACGGUUACUGCUACAAGUGUAUGUUCUUUGUGUUCACCAAUGGUGAUCCGUGUCAGAUUUUAAGAAGAAAAGACAAGUUGAAUGAACUGAACUGAAAUGUCCUUAAAUAGAUUUCUCACUUUCUAACCUUUUCUUUCUGUUUUUUUUUUGUUUUUGCUCCCCACAUCGUCUACUCGUGUGUGUAGUUUGUGUGAGUGUGUUUCAAGGGAGCAAAGUGGUCAAGAACUACGCUGCUAUUUUGGGAUGUGGAAAUUAGGUGUUGCAUGUCUGUCAACAUAGUAUUUAUCCAAGAUAUAUGAUUUUCCUUGUGAGUAACCUAUUGAUUAGUUAUCGGUUCAGGUAUGAUUGGGUUCCUCAUGAAGUACCCCUGUAUCUCUUUGAAUCGAUGUAGAACUCAAGUACAUUCCAGCCUGUUUAACCUGCUUCCCAAUGUGGUCUAUUUAUGAUUUGUGAUGGGGCUGUUAUCAUUAGUAAUACUGAAGCACUCAGUAGUUGGCCAUCCAAAACUGCAAUUGCUAACAAAAGUGAAAUUGUACUCGUUAUUCAAAGUUUGUGAAUUGAGACCAGCAAAUUCAGCCGAACCUUGUUUGUUCCAUGCAGCAUAGGUGGCUGGAUAAUUGAUUAAAACUGCAGAGUCCGGCUGUCAUUGGCAUCUACAUGACUGUGUGUUGCAUACAAAAAAAGUGUGACUAAAUAUGACAUCUUUCUGAGGCUUUGUUUAUAUCUCACUGCUUGGCCUUCAUGCCAAAAGAGAUCUGUUGUUCACAAGCCUUUCAAAAGUGUGUGUGUGCGUGUGCGUGUGCGCGUGUGCGUUGGGGGGGGUUCUGAUAUUUGGGGAGGAUGGGUCAAACAUGGCCAGGAAUCGAAACUCCUACCAGCCUUGGCUGCCUGCACUUGAUUUAAAACAAGCAAGUCCCUAGUUGUCUUCCUCACAUUUACCUGCACUAGCUGAAAGUAUGUUGGAAAGAGAAAAGCAUUCUGUUUGAGCAGGCCUGUCAACACAGAUUUAGACCAGAAGAAUUCCUCACCUUACCACUGCGUUUCUAUGUCUGUGUUUUCUCAUUGCCAUGCGAUGCCCUGUUUAUUUGUAUUUGUUGUAUGCUGUGUUAAUGGGACUUAAUCAUGAUAUGACUGGUCUGAUGGUUUGCAUUUGUGUUCAAACAUGCUGGUAUAAUUAAUGAAACGAGAUGGCAAAAUAAUAUUUAACAUAAUUGGUAUUAAUUAGUAUCAGACAGAUGAGACAAUCGGUGAUGUAUUCAAAAUGUCCUUGCUUCGUUCUUCCUUCCUAUUUUUUUUACAAUGUCCUGUGUGUAAAGAUGGAUCACAUAUAUCUGUUAUCAUGCAAAUCGAAUUGAAUACUAGUUAUUUGCAUUCAUACGUGUCACAUGGUAUGUAGGCCAUCUCUCCUGGUACUUGACCUAUUAGCGGAUGUUUCUGUACAAUUUGCAUAAAAUAUAUGAGAUUAGUGUGUGAGGAUGAGGUGGGGUGAUGGCCGACGACGAUGAAAUUAAAACUGGAUGACUGCAAAGAUUGUGUUUGGAUGAUGGUCGCAGUGCACCCAUUGCCGUCAGGGGUUUGUGUGACAUGUUUUAAUGUUCUACAAUAAAUUACUGCGAAAACCAAA